AUGGCCUCCGGAGUUCCAGGAACCGCGAUUUCAAAGCGCAGAAAGUUCGUCGCAGACGGUGUCUUCUACGCCGAAUUGAACGAGUUCUUCCAACGCGAGUUGGCCGAGGAGGGAUACUCAGGAGUUGAGGUCCGCGUUACUCCAACAGUGACCGACAUCAUUAUCCGCGCAACACACACACAAGAAGUCUUGGGAGAGCAAGGACGACGCAUUCGAGAACUCACAUCACUCAUCCAGAAGCGUUUCAAGUUCCCAGAAAACUCAGUUUCCCUCUACGCCGCCAAGGUCCAAAACCGUGGUCUCUCCGCCGUCGCACAAUGCGAGUCUCUCAGAUAUAAGCUCCUCAACGGUUUGGCCGUCCGAAGAGCCUGCUAUGGUGUCCUCCGAUUCAUCAUGGAGUCUGGUGCUAAGGGUUGUGAGGUUGUCGUCUCCGGAAAGCUACGUGCUGCUCGUGCGAAGUCCAUGAAGUUCACUGAUGGCUUCAUGAUCCACUCCGGUCAACCAGCAAAGGAUUUCAUCGACCACGCUACCCGUCACGUUCUCCUCAGACAAGGUGUCCUCGGUAUCAAGGUCAAGAUUAUGCGUGGAUCUGACCCAGAAGGAAAGAGCGGACCACAAAAGAGCUUGCCAGACAGUGUCACCAUUAUCGAGCCAAAGGAGGAGCAGAGUGUCGUUCAGCCAAUGUCCCAAGAUUACGGUGCUAAGGCCGCUGCCGCACAAGCUGCUGCUGAGGCUCAACGUGCGUCAGAGCAGGAAGGUGGUGAGGAGGUUCAGGCUGUUGAGGAACAGUAG